GGCUACCUAUCAACGGCCAUGUUUUGGUAGAUGUUUUGCUUCAACAGUGAUUGAACGAGCAUCGCCAAACGACCGUUUUAUAAUUGAGAAAGAUGACUCAACCUCGCCAAAACUACCACUCGGAUUGCGAAGCACGCAUCAACAAGCAGAUCAACAUGGAGCUUUACGCUAGCUACGUGUAUCUCUCGAUGGCUUACUACUUUGACAGAGACGACGUGGCCUUGCGUGGAUUCCACAAGUUCUUUAAAAAGAGUAGCCACGAGGAAAAGGAGCACGCUGAGAAGCUGAUGAAGUAUCAGAACAUGCGUGGUGGCAGAGUUGUCUUGCAGCCAAUCCAGAAACCCUCGCAGGACGAAUGGGGAACUGGACUGGAAGCAAUGCAGGCUUCCUUGGAGCUUGAGAAGACUGUCAACCAAUCACUGCUCGACUUGCACCGUAUUGCCACAGACCACAACGAUGCUCAGUUGUGCGACUUCCUGGAGUCUGAAUACUUAAAGGAACAGGUUGAAGCCAUCAAAGAGCUGUCCGACUACGUCACUAACCUGAAACGUGUUGGUCCGGGUCUCGGCGAAUACAUGUUCGACAAGGAGACCCUCGAUGGGGAGGACUCCUAAGUUCCAUCGACAAUAAAGUCACUCAAACUACGA